AUGGACUCGCCGGUGCUACCAACCGCCGACCGCCGGACGCACCUCUCGCUCCUUGCGGACGAGAUCCUGGAGGAGAUCUUCCUCCGCCUGCCCACCCCGGAGGCGCUCGCGUGCGCGUCCGCCGCCUGCGCCACCUUCCGCCGCGUCAUCACCGACCGCCCCUUCCUCCGCCGCUUCCGCAAGCUCCACCCGCCUCCCCUCCUCGGCCUCAUCAACGACAGGGGCGGCGGCUUCCACCCCGCCCAGGCGCCGCACCCCUCCGCUAGGCUCGCCCGCGCCCUCCUCGACGCCGCCGACUUCACCUACUCCUUCGUGCCCAAGCCCAAGGAGGGGUGGCUCAGCCCCUGGCAUCCCCGCGACGUCCGCGACGGCCGCGUCCUCCUCGACUGCAGGGUCCCGGGGAGAACCUUCAAAUCCGCCCUCGCCGUGUGCGACCCCUUGUCGCGGCGCUACGUGCUGCUGCCACCGGUACCCGAGGACGACAUAACCGCCCAGGAAGGACGCCCUGCUGAAUUGGCGCCAGUCCUCGCCCCGGUCGGUGACGAUGAGGAUGAGACGUCGUUCAGGGUGAUAUGCAUGGCGCACUACAGAACCAAGGUUGUCGCGUUCGUCUUCUCGUCCGUUACUCGGCAAUGGUGUAUACCUGCUUCUCCCAGCUGGAGUUCUUUGGGCACAGACAGCCCCCAUGGGCUGCAGAACAGUUCUGAUUCGGGAGGAUGCCGUGGCUUGUCAAGUUUCGACCAUGUGCGUGGCUGCUUCUACUCGGCGUCACCUUGGCUGGACAAAUUUCUUGUUCUGGAUACACGGAGAAUGGAGUUUUCCACUAUCAGCGAUCACAGUGGCUUCCAUGAGCUGCUCAGACGUCUGCCUGGCCAGGCACUUGCAGAACACGGUAUGCAUCACCGAACUCGGCCUGGCCAGACCAGAAGUCUGCCUGGCUUUGUAGUUGGUAGAGAAGGAUCCCUUGAGUUGUUGUCUCUUGUUGGUGAUCACAGUCCAAAUGGAUCGUUUCGUCUUGUUUGUACCACUCAAAAUAACAGCGAAUCUCCCAAGGAAUGGCGGCUGGAGAAUGUUAUAUCCUUGCCUGGCCAAUAUGACUAUUUCACCGUUGGCGCAGCUGAGGGAUUCUUAUUUCUCGGAGGCACUACAGAAUCUCAGCAGGACUGUCAUGAAACUGAAUGGGUGGAUACUUGGGAUAUAGAUUAUUUUUCAGUGGAGGUCCAGACUUCAGAGCUUAAGAAAAUCUGUAGGAUGACAAAGCCAUGCUUCAACCACGAACGUGUCCACCCAUACUUCGGCUUCCCACCAUCGUUGUCAAGACCGACUAUAUGA